GGCUAGCAGUCGGUCAGCACCAAUUUCCCGUGGGGCUUAGGGGGGGUGGACUGGAGCAAACUGGACGGGAUGGGUAGAGCACGUUCUUCCACCCGUCCGUCGCACUCGUACGCGAGGAUUCGACACCGCCGCGUAGAUGAGACUUCUUGCUGCACUGAUCGUAUGUGCCUUUCCGAUGGCGCUGCUUCUGCGCGGUGCAAGAGGUGAUUCGAUCCGAGUCCGAGAAGGGACGCCGCUACCUUUCCGCCCACCGGGAGUGGCCGCCACCACCCCCAUGGCCCCUGCACCCGCUUCGACCUCACCUCAUCCUGGCUCAGCCCCGUCGAGCAUCUCGAGCACCUCUCCCCCGAACCCUUCACGAUACAAACUCGGUCGAACAUCACAGGAGGGCCGAUCCGAAGACGCGUCCGAGUCCUAUAUGGCUUGCGAAAACGUGCGGCUUGCUAGGCCCGCGCGUAGACCUAGAGAGCUACUUGGACAUCUGAUAUUCCUGAUCGGGACGAAGAAAGAGGGGGCACUUGUGACACUCUAAAUGAGUAUAGAGUGGUCCUCACUUCGAGGGCGGAUGUCCCUGCGGCCGUAGGGACAAAGGACAGGUCAAUUGCAUCCGGGUCUAGAGGCCACCCGAUCGAUUCCUGAAGGGAGGGGGCGAGGGCGUAUUCGUAAGACACAUAAAGCUGUCGGAAAGCCUGCUCUGCAUUGACAGCAGAU